ACGGAGGACUGGGGCUUGGUCUUGAAGUUUUCAGAUGCAUCUGUAGAUGAAUCAUAACAGCAUCAAGAUGUCGGGACGAUCAGGCCGCGCCGAGACCCGAAGUCGGGCUAAGGACGACAUCAAAAAGGUCCUGGCGGCCAUCGAGAAAGUGCGCAAAUGGGAGAAGAAAUGGGUGACAGUUGGAGACACAUCCUUGCGUAUAUUCAAGUGGGUGCCAGUCACAGAAACAAAGCAGAUAUUUCGCACCAAAUCCACCGGUGGAGAUGUUAGAGGGUUGAAAGAUGUAGUCCUGGAAAACACAAACUCUUUGUUGGAUUUCACUGAUGAAAACAGCAACCAGAGCUUUCUAUCGGAUGUUUACCAGCCUAAAAUGGAUAACAGCAGCAGCACUUCCAGUUCGCAGCAAGUCAGCCCUCCACACACCUCCAGCCUCCGAACUGAAGACUCUCAGCCUCCGAUGCUCGGCCAGGAGAGUGUGGAUGAGCCAGUUCAUUCAGUGCAAGAUGGAGCAGAUGAGCCACCUACUCUCAUCAAGGAGGACCUUCUUUCCUCAGGAGCUGUCCGACGAAGCAACCCAGACGCACAGGAAGAACUGGAUGAAUCAGGAGCACCUCCUUUAAAGAAGAUUUGCACAGGAGAAAAUACUGUUCUGAGAUAGCUUAUUUAUAUCAUUUUGUCAAAAUGCACAUGAUACCUGUCCUGAGUUGUUGUAAGAUUAGCUAAGCUUUUAAAAUUAUUCGGGUUCUCUUCACAUAUUUACGCAAAUAUUACUCAUUACAUUUCAGCUAAUGACAAAAAAAAAUGUAUUUACUGCAUAAUCUUUUUUCAGUUUUAAAGGUCAUUGAAGUCUUCUUGCUUGAAGUGAGUUUUGAAAAGAAUGGAGAUAAUUUUCCUGAUUUUGUACGUAGCAGGCCAUGUGUAUUUCCAUGCACAUGCUGUAAAUGUGUAGUUUCCUGGCAACUGUUUCUAAUUUACUCUAUUCACAGCUGAACAGUUGAACUUUUGCAUGUUUCCAUAUUCUGUUGCUUUUUUUUUAAGCCUUACUGCCCAUGGCUUUAUGCAGAGUGAUGUUUAGAUGUGCCAUUAUGUAUUAAAUAUGAUGCCCUCUCUGGAACAAGGCUUCUUUUGGCUCAUCACAUGCAAGAAUGAAGUGCUUUUUGUAAUCUACAUAGAAUAUAUAAUUUGCCCAUGUUUAUAAUUGAAAACGUUUUGUAUCUCAUAAUAAAUGCUACUUUUCAUUUCAA